UGCAUCCCUAAGAGUACAAAAAUCUAAACACAAGAACAAAUUAUGGUGUCCUUUUUCGCUCACUUCUUGUUCUUUACCAUCUUGCUAGUUUUUUCCUUUCAACCAUAUUCCCAACAUCCAUUGUGUCGAAGAGAUGAGUGCCUUGCCUUGUUACAAUUCAAGGAAAGCUUUGUCAUUGAUAAGCAUGCUUCUUUUGAUGAUCCAUUUGCUUAUCCUAAAGUCAAUCUCUGGAAAUCCCAAGGGAUGGAUUGUUGCUUUUGGGAAGGCAUAUGGUGUGAUCAAGACACUGGUCAUGUUACAGGCCUUGAUCUCAGUAGUAGUUGUCUUUUAGGUUCUAUCAAUUUCAAUAGUAGCCUCUUCCACCUCUUCCACCUCGAACACCUUAAUCUCGCUUUCAAUAACUUCAAUUAUUCUAAGAUUCCAUCUGCUUUUGCAAAUCUUUCAAGUUUAAGUUAUCUCAACCUCUCUAAUUCUUUACUUGCUGGACAAAUACCAUCUGAACUUUCAAGACUUACUAGCUUAUCGACCCUUGACCUAGCUCCCAAUUAUAACCCUUUCUCUCCAACGAAGGGAUGGUUAGAACUAAAAAGGCCAAACCUGAGAAGCCUAGUAGAAAAUUUGACAAGUCUGGAAUACCUUCGCCUCACUGGCACCAAAAUAAAUUCUAAAAUUCCUAGUACCUUAGCAAAUAUGUCCUCCUUGAGGUAUAUCCGUCUUGGUGACUGUGGAUUGUUCGGAGAGUUCCCAAUGGCAAUUUUCCAACUACCAAAACUUCAAGUCCUUACUGUGACUUACAACCCAGGUCUUACAGGUAAUUUGCCUGAGUUUCAUUUCCACAACCAGCUUAUGAUUCUUACAGUUCAAAACACUAGUUUUUCUGGUAAGUUACCAGCCUCAAUUGGAAUGCUCAGCUCUUUGAAAGUUUUGAAUGUUAGUCAGUGCAACUUCUCAGGCUUAUUACCAUCUUCUCUGGAUUUGUCUCAUAAUAAACUAAAUGGAAUGAUCCCACCAUGUAUUGGCAACUUUAGUAAAUCCUUGGUGAGUUUGAAUUUGCAAGGAAACAACUUCAAAGGUCCAAUUCCUCCAAUGUGGGUAACUGGAAACAAUCUAAAGAUGAUUCAACUAGGACAGAAUAAUUUGAAGGGGAAGCUACCAAGAUCAUUGGCAAACUGUAGAAUGUUGGAGUUUCUUGAUCUUGGUAACAAUCAUAUUAGAGAUACCUUCCCUUAUUGGUUGGGAACUCUUCCCAGAUUGAAGAUUCUCAUUUUGCAUUUCAACAAAUUAUAUGGUGCAAUUAAUGUUACAGAGUCAAAUUCCUUAUUUCCUAGUCUUCAUAUCGUUGACCUUUCACAUAAUGAAUUUGUUGGUCUUCUGCCAACAAAAUACUUCAACGCGUGGAGUGCCAUGGUAGAUAUUGAUAAGGAGAACACGAAAUACUGGCUUACAUAUGACAAUUGUGAGAUCAGUGGCUACGUCUUUCUUAAUGCAUACCCUUACUCAAUGACAAUAAUAAACAAAGGAUUGAAGAUGGAAUAUGAAAAGAUAAUAGAGAUUUUCUCAACCAUUGAUCUUUCUUGCAACAAAUUUGAGGGAGAAAUUCCAGAUGUACUAGGGAGAUUAAAGGGACUUCAACUGCUUAACCUUUCUAAUAACAUCCUUGUUGGUCCAAUCCCACCAGCCCUAGGAAAUCUCAAAAAUAUUGAAACUCUAGACCUUUCUCAAAACAAGCUCACUGGAAGCAUUCCCACACAGCUAACGCAGCUCAAUUUCCUUGAAGUCUUCAAUAUCUCACACAACCAUUUAACAGGACCUAUUCCAAAAGGGCAACAAUUUGAUACAUUUGAUAACAGCUCAUUUGAUGGAAAUUCAGGGCUAUGUGGAUUGCCACUGUCAAGGAAAUGUGACAACUCAAAGGCCUCCCCUCCACCAUCUUCAACCUCUAAAGGAAAUGAAGACUCUGGAUUGCUAGCUAAAUUUAGUUGGAAAACAGUGGCGUUGGGUUAUGGAUGUGGAUUCCUUGUUGGUGUGGUGAUUGGAAACAUUGUUUUUGCAACAAUACGUGAGUGGUUGAUGAGGACUUACCGAAUCAGAUUGUCAAGGAGGAAAGGAAAGGGGUCCGGGAGAUUGAAUAGGAUUAGGAUGAUGCAGUGAAGCUCUGAAUAUCUCUAUCUGUUGGAACUAGUAUUUUAUUUUAUAUUUCUUUUUCUUCCUUUUGUGUGUGUGGAUUAUAAUUCAAGUAGAUUGCAAAACCAAUGUAUCAGCUGGAUUGUACUUGAAAGCUACAUUAAUAAAUUGCACUGCCACUA